UUAACAGCACUGCCAGGAUAAACGCAUACAACGUUGUCAGGGACCGCAGAGCUCGAAUUAAAACUGGUUUUUGCAGUGCGCCAAAAGGAAUAAAUCGACGGUUUAUGUUAUUUGCUAAGGAUUUUAGGAAUUAAACACCAUGACUGCAGAAGAGACUAUUAACAUCAAAGAGGCAGAGAUCCUCAAACUGAUCUUGGACUUUCUCAACACCCGCAAGCUACACAUCAGCAUGUUGGCUCUGGAGAAAGAGAGUGGUGUCAUCAAUGGCCUCUACUCAGACGAUAUGCUCUUCCUUAGGCAACUGAUAUUAGAUGGCCAGUGGGAUGAAGUUCUCCAGUUCAUUCAGCCUUUGGAAUGCUUGGACAAAUUUGACAAGAAGAGGUUUCGUUACAUCAUUCUCAAGCAAAAAUUUCUGGAAGCUCUUUAUGUGAAUAAUGCCAUAUCUGCAUCAGAGGAUCCUAAAAAUCUGGAGCUGAGCAUGCAGGAGGCAGUGAAGUCCCUGCACACUCUGGAGGAGUUCAGCCCAUCCAAAGAGGCCUACAGCAAGCUGUGUCUGCUCCUCACACUGCCGCGCCUCACGCAUCACGCCGACUUCCGCGACUGGAACCCGAGCACGGCACGUGUGCACUGCUUCGAGGAGGCGUGCUCCAUGGUUGCCGAGUUCAUCCCCGCCGACCGCAAGCUGAGUGAGGCGGGCUUCCGUGCCAGUGGCGAUCGCCUCUUCCAGCUGCUGGUCAAGGGUGUGCUCUACGAGUGCUGUGUGGAAUUCUGCCAGAGUCGUGCCACGGGCGAGCAGAUUGCCCAGGCUGAGGCAGUGCUGGCCGCCGACUUGCUGAGUGGCGCCGGCUGCGAACAGCCUGACCUGAGCGUGCUGUCUUGGUUACAGAACCUGCCAGCGGCAGCGUUCGCAUGUGCUUUCGAGCAAAAGACACUCCACGUGCACGUGGACCGGCUGGACAGGCCAGUGCGAGCCAGGGGCGCUGAUCUGCUGGUGCCCCUGCUUGCCCGCCUCUCGCCAUGCCCAACCUCACCGCUGAGGCGCCCACAGUCGGCAGAUACAUACAUGUCUCGCUCGCUCAACCCAGCGCUAGAUGGCCUAUCACACGGCCUGGCCAGCAAGGAGAAAAAGGGUGGUGAGGUGGCACCCAUGUCACACUCCUUCGCUAACUUUGGCGCGGAUGGCAGCCGUUGCAUUGCAGACAAUAGCAUCUUUGCUGGGUCCCCAAACAGGUCUCACACACAAGAAGAAGUACUGAAAACCUCAGAAGGGCUGAACUCUCUCCAGCCCAUUCGAGCCUCCGGUAUGAAUGGGGAACCUCGUAAUUCGGUUGAGAAGAGUGAGGAGCAGCUACAGGAGUUCCAGCGACAGCGGCUCAGAGUGCAGCAGCACCUGGAACAGAAGCAACAGCAGACACAGCUCUACCAGCAGAUGCUGUUGGAGGGAGGUGUGGAGCAGGCCGACCAGCACACCACUGCCGGCCAGCACAACCUAACACACACCUUCCUCAGCAGGUCUAUUCAGAAGUUGGAGGAACUGAAUGUUGGCAUGGGGGACCUGGGAGAGGAUGUGCAGGCCUUGGCCCACCAGUGUAACAGCACUCCAGCAGCUAAAGCUGCCCAGACGUGCACCCCUCCAGAAGCCUCGAGCAGAGACAGACCUGCCGUCACCAGCAGCACCCCACAGAGGGGAGGCACUCUGUACAUGCCCUCCCUUGACGAGUCCCCAGUGCAGGUCAGCAGGAGUGCAUUUCAGGAUGAGAAAAGUAAGUCACGGUUCUUAGUGGUGCACACGUUGGAAGACACACAAGCUGUGCGAGCGGUUGCGUUUCAUCCGUCUGGAAUGCUCUAUGCUGUGGGCUCCAACUCCAAAACCUUGCGUGUGUGCACCUACCCUCAGAACUUGAGUGCCAGCACUGAAAGUCCAGUGAGGCAGCCAGACAUCUGCUUCAAACGGAACAAGCACCAUAAAGGCUCCAUCUACUGUGUGGCAUGGAGUGCCUGUGGCCAGCUUCUGGCUACUGGCUCCAACGACAAAUAUGUCAAAGUCCUGCCUUUUAAUGCUAACACCUGCAAUGCUACAGGCCCAGAUCUGGAAUUCAGCAUGCAUGAUGGGACCAUCCGUGACCUGGUGUUUAUGGAGGGCCCGGAGAGUGGUGGGGCCAUCCUCAUCAGUGCUGGAGCAGGAGACUGUAACAUCUACACCACUGAUUGCCAAAGAGGACAGGGCUUGCACGCACUCAGUGGGCAUACAGGGCACAUUCUAUCCCUCUAUACUUGGGGUGGUUGGCUGGUAGCUUCUGGCUCUCAGGAUAAGACUAUUCGAUUCUGGGACCUGCGUGUUCCCAGCUGUGUGAAAGUCAUUGGGACCACCCUACAUGGGACUGGAAGUGCUGUGGCCUCGGUGGCAGUGGACCCUAGUGGCCGGCUCCUGGCUGUGGGAUUGGAAGACUGCCGCUGCAUGCUGUAUGACAUCAGAGGUGGCCGGACGGUACAGACGUACCGCCCCCACACCAGUGACAUUCGCUCGGUUCGUUUCUCCCCUGGAGCACACUACUUACUGACUGGUUCCUAUGACAACAAAGUCAUGAUCACUGAUCUACAAGGGGACCUAACCAAGCCGCUCCCAGUAACGGUGGCUGGCGAACAUAAGGACAAAGUGAUCCAGUGCCGGUGGCACACAAGAGACCUCUCCUUCUUGUCCUCUUCUGCAGACAAGACUGUCACUCUGUGGGCACAUAACCCGUAAAUCUCUCGGAGAAGGAAAGGCUAAAGCUGUCACUUAUACUCUAGAACAAACAGAAGGAUCACCCAACUGAUUAUGGAGAUAAGUAAGGAUAUAGCUGUGUAUUUGCUUGCCUGAGUAACAUCACUUCUUUUUAAUAUUUGUGUUGUUUAAAUAAAUGGUAAUUUCCUAGUAACUUUAAAUUAAUUUGGCCACUUUUAAAUAAAAGCAAUCAUCAUUGCGUGUUUGCUGCUAACCGGAGCAAGUUGUCAUCUAUGUCUAUGGCACAAUAAAUAAGAAAUUGCUACAUUUUGUUGAAUAUAAUUACUGAGCUAUACAGCAUAUAGUUUACAUGAUGAAAAUUGGACAAGUAAAUUUGUUGUGAAAUAUUUGGUGCCUUCAGUUUGGUGGUCCAUAGGUAGUCUUAAUGAAGUUGUGUGUUGUAAUACUGCCUUUUAUAAAAUUGUGUAAAUGCUAAGCAAGGUACUGGCUUGUCACACAUUUCUAGUAUAUUUGCUUUACUAAAUACCAAGCAUGCUGCUAAAAUUAAUUUCACCACAGAUUACAGUAUAACAGGUGAAUGUUUAACACAGUGUUUUAUGUAUUUAAUUCAAUUGCAAAAAUUAAGCCAGUUUUGUCUUUUAAAUAAACACCACUACUGUAAAUUUUUAGGAUAUAUUUCUGAAGGUUUAGAUUAUCUUCAUCCAAAUGUAGAUGAAAGUUUUAUGGUAUGGUUAUUUAUUUUGGUCUCUCUAUUAGCAAUCAAAUGAAGAAGAAAAAAUCAUUGCACAUGCUGUCAAGCACUGAAUGUAAUAAAACUGAU